GCGCCUGACUUUGUAUUCAAGCUUAGUACCCUCCCCUCUUUGGCUGCUCGAGCUAGUAGUGACUAGUGAGGAACAAUAUGGCGCCGGGAGAAACUCUAGCUUUUGAACUAGUCGUUGUCUAAAGACCGGCGAUCGGGCAGGAUGAACCUCUGCGCCCAAUAUUUACGACAGGCAGAAGCCCUCAAGGCUGACAUGACGGAUUCAAAGCUUGGUGCCGCAGAGGUCUGGACGUCACGACAGGCGCUUCAGGAUUUGUACCAGAAAAUGCUGGUGACAGACCUGGAGUAUGCGCUGGAUAAAAAAGUGGAACAAGACCUCUGGAACCAUGCUUUUAAGAAUCAAAUAACAACACUUCAGAGUCAAGCUAAGAACAGAGCCAACCCGAACCGAAGUGAAGUGCAAGCAAAUCUGUCGCUGUUUCUGGAGGCGGCGAGUGGAUUCUACACACAGUUGUUGCAAGAGCUCUGCACAGUUUUUAACGUGGACUUGCCUUGCCGUGUGAAGUCAUCUCAGCUGGGUAUCAUCAGCAAUAAACAGAGCAGCACCAGCAGCAUAGUGAAGCCCCAGCCCAGCUCUUGCUCCUACAUCUGCCAGCACUGUCUCGUUCAUCUUGGAGACAUUGCACGUUACCGCAAUCAAACCAGCCAGGCAGAAUCCUAUUACAGACAUGCAGCCCAACUCGUUCCUUCAAAUGGCCAGCCCUACAAUCAGCUUGCCAUCCUGGCCUCCUCCAAAGGAGAUCACCUCACAACCAUCUUCUACUACUGCAGGAGCAUUGCUGUCAAGUUCCCUUUCCCUGCUGCCUCCACCAACCUGCAGAAGGCUCUCUCUAAAGCUCUUGAGAGUCGUGACGAGGUGAAGUCCAAGUGGAGCGUGUCCGAUUUCAUCAAGGCCUUCAUCAAGUUCCAUGGCCACGUGUACCUCAGCAAGAGCCCGGACAAGCUCAGCACCCUGAGGGAGAAGCUGGAGGAGCAGUUCCAGCGAUUGAUUCUCCAGAAAGCGUUCAGCUCCCAGCAGCUGGUCCACAUCACGGUGAUUAACCUGUUUGAGCUCCACCACCUGCGGGACUUCACUAACGAGGCGGACGAGCCGAGCUUCAGCUCAGAUGAGCAGAUCAGUUGGUUCCAGCUCCUGGGCCUCUUCAUGUCUUUCCUGGGAGCGAUGUGCAGCCGAGUGUUACUGACGAAGAACCGGGAGGAGAUCAUGGGCGAGUGUCCUCUCCCGGCCAUCAAAGUGUCCCUGGACUGGCUGAAGCUGAGACCCACUGUCUUCACAGAGAGCGUCGUGGACAAGAGACAGUACGUCUGGCCAUGGCUUGUGUCUAUUCUCAACAGCUUCCAGCCCAAGGAAGAUGAUGUGUCGUGUGUAUCAGUCACCCCUCUCCCUGAAGAGUUUGAGCUGCAAGGCUUUUUGGCCCUCCGACCUGCCCUACGGACUCUGGACUUCUCCAAAGGGCACCAAGGCAUUGCCAUCGGCAAGGAUGGCCUUGUGGUGCACUCUCGCCAUCAGCGUCUCAUCAGCCUGGGCAAGUGGGUGGCAGACAACCAGCACGGGCUCAUCCAGUACAGGGUGAGUGACGGCCUGCUGUUGUUCAUCACCGACAUCCCAGAGAAGGUCAUCGAGGAGCCCCAAGAGAAGGACACGCCUGUCCUCCAGGAAUCGUCCAACGGCGAGCAGAUGUCCCACGAGGGCUCGCUGGGUCUCAAGUCGGUCCUGUCGGCCGGGAAGAGCCAGAACAGCGUGCUGGACAUCAGCGAGAGGCCGGUGGUCACCUUCAAGGAGAACAUCAAGCCCCGCGAGCAGAGCCGGGAGCAGGGCCAGGGCCAGGGCCAGGGUCAGGGUCAGGGGCGCGGCCAGCACCAGAGGGAUGGGGGCAAGGAACGUGCCGGCUACGGCAAGGGCAACGGAGCCGCCGGCAAGAGCGAGCAGAAGAAGGAGGGCAAGAGGAAGAGCGAGGUGAAGAAGAAUAGCCACGACAAGGCAUGCGACGCUGGGAAACAGGUACACAGCAACGAGGUGAAGACACAGGCUGACGUGAGGAAGACCCCGGUGACUGAGGCGAGGAAGACCCCCGUCACCCAGACCCAGACCACCGGCUCCUCACAGUUCAUCCCCAUCCAUCACCCAGGGGCCUUUCCUCCUCUGCCCAGCCGAGCAGGUUUCCCUCCCCCUCCGUACGUCAUCCCCCCCCCUGUGGCCUUCUCCAUGAGCCCUGGCUUCACCUUCCCCACCAGCGUCCCUGUCCCCGCCCCCUUCCUCCAGCCCGCCUCCCACGCCCAGCCCGCCGGCCAAGUGCAGUCUGGGAAACCCUCACACAUUCCCUACAGCCAGCAGCGGCCCUCCGGCCCCGGGGCCAUGACCCAGGGUCCCCCCCAGGGGCCCCAUACCCAGCCCCCUCCGCAACAGCCUUCCCAGCAGGCCUUGCAGCAGUCCGUGCAGCUCCAGGUGCAGCAGCAGCAGCAGCAGCAGCAGCAGCAGCAGUCGCCCACCAAGCAGGCUGCCCAGCUGGGCAAGAGCCCACCGCACCAUCCCGGCAUGCAGCAGUACAUGCCAGUGGCAGAGCAGCCGGGGCAGAUGUGGGGCCAGCCGCAGGCUCAGAAGAUGGCCAUGCAGAUGCCCAUGAAGCAGCAGCAGCAGCAGCAGCAGCCGCCGCCCUUCUUCAUGCCCCCCCAGGACACGCUCAAGCUCUUCGAGCACUCCAUGUCCUCCAGCGUCACCAUGCAGCCCCAGCAGCCCCCUAAUGCCAGCAUGGAGAAAAAGCUGAAGUUCCCAGAGGUCAAAGUGCAGCAGGACUUCUACUGGGAGCCGAUGUACCGCGCCUCUAUUGCCGACAGCAGGGUUGGCAUGGGGGAGCGCAUGAUCAAGCGUCAGCCGGGUGUGUUCUGCCCCGACCAGGAGAACACCACCAGGGGACCGCCAUACGAGGACAACAAGAGCUCCCCUCUUCUUCCUCCCGACCUGCUAAAAACUCUAGCGGACUUUGAGGAAGAGGAGGAGCUGGUCUUUGCUAAGCCCCCUGGCUUCUACCAGUCCAUGGCUGGCCCUCUUAGCUCUGCUCCUGGGAGAAACAUGUUUAUGCCAAAUCAGUCCAGGAUGGAAAGUGCUGAGGUGAUGAGCCAGUCCUCUUCCCUGCUAGCCCGCUCUGGAUUCCCCAUCCAGGAGAACUCCUAUCAGAACAACAGCAUUUUCAGCGAGGCCUAUGGGAAGAACAUGGUACCCACACCCAAACCCGAUGUUCCCAUGAUGCACCAGGAGCACUCGCUCUACUCCCUGUUUGAAGGAACUCCCUGGUCCCCCUCCCUGCCCGCCAGCUCUGACCACUCAACGCCUGCCAGCCAGUCGCCCCACUCCUCCAACCCCAGCAGCCUGCCUUCCUCCCCACCCACACACAGCCACCCCUCGCUGCCCUUCUCCAACUUCGGGCCGAUCGGCACGCCCGACAGCCGAGACCGAAGAGCCACCGACCGCUGGAAGGCAGAGAAGACGGGCGUGAGUGGCUUCGGGCUGGACUACCUGCCCGCCGCCUCCUCUACGGCCCCCGAGACCAGCUGGCACCAGGGGGGCCCCACCAGCAGCUGGGCCACCCAGGACAUGCCCAUGGAGGACUCCUCCACCAACCUGCUGGACAGCCUCAAGUCCAUCUGGUCGAGCUCCAUGAUGCAGCCAGGCCCGUCUGCGCUGGAGCAGCUGCUGAUGCAGCAGAAGCAGAAGCAGCAGCGCGGCCACGGCCCCAUGAACCCGCCGCAUUGAGGGGCCGCCGGAGCCCCGCGCCCGAGUCACACCUCGUACUGAACACGAAGAGGAAGAAGAAGAAGAAGAAGAAGAAGAAAAGGAAGAUGAUGAUGAUGAUGAUGAAGAAGAAGAAGAGAUGAAAAAAAAUAACACAAGCUCCAAUCGGAAAUUACCGGCGCUAGUGGCGUAUGGAGGCUGGAGACGGCGAACGAUGCGUAGCGACAGGCUCCAACACCAAACCGCUCGCCUGACCGAAAUGAGGGAGGUGCAGCCCUCUCCUCUCCUCUCCUCUCCUCUCUCUCUCUCUCUCACUCUCUCACUCUCUCUAUCUGUCUCUCUGUCUCUCACCCUGUGCCCAUUGGGGGCGGCAGUGAGGGCAUGCAAGCACCUGACCCAUCGCGCUGCUCAGCACGUAGCCGCAGCAGAACUCUGACACUGAGGAAGUAAACACGAGACUUCCUCUUUGACUGGACCCCUCCCAUCCUCCCUCCUCCAUGCUUCCCUGGUGGGGCGAGGGGUUGGUUCAAGGUUACCCUCCUCUCUCUCCUGGGUUUCAGGAUUCUGGAUCCCCCCCCUCCCCCUUCCCCCUUCCCAAACUCUGCUGACUCACGCUCUGUUAUCGGCUUCCCCUUAUGAUGUGCACGAUUCACUCUGUGCGUGUGACACACUGCACAUGCAAGAGGAGAUGUGUGUAUGUGAGUGUGUUCUGUGUGGGAGGGGGAGGUGAUGGAACUGAUGUUUUAAGGGAAAAGGAAAACAAAAACCAAAAUCAAAGGUUAAGAACCGUAUCAGAAGGACUUUUUGAGUUUUGAAGUCUAGAUUUGUUUUCUGAAUGGCAGAGGAAGGGCAGUGUGUCUCGAUGGGGGUGGAAGCAGGAGAGGAAUGAGUGAAUGAAUGAAGGGAAAAAGAGUCCUUGGCUAACCGAUCUGUUGGAACCUCGAAGCGUGUCUCGCGUCACGACUGCACCGAACACAGUUAGGCCACAGAUGCAGACGUGGACUAUGAUGUCAUUGUGACGUCCGCUCUGCUGAUGAGAGUGGAAAUGUGUUUUCAGUAAGGUGCAUCCCCACUGCACUGUAGCCAGGGAUUGCUCCAUAAGCUUAUGUGACAUUAUAGCUCAUCAAAGGAAAAGAUACCUAAAAAAUUCAACCGAAUCAAAAGGAACUAGGGGUUAGAUCAUAGCUUAUAGGGUGUAGUAUUAUUAGCUGCAAUUGAGAUUGCAAUUAUUAACAAUACUGUAUUUUGUGACUUGUUCUGUAGAGUUUUAGCUUUCUGAAAUAUUAUUGCGUAAAUAUGUUCAAUAGUUUACUGCAAACCGAGGGAGGUCCUCAUAUAUUUAAUAUGACUCUCCCCCCCCCGCUUCCUCCUCUUGUUUCUUUAAGUACGUCUUUGCUCUAGCUUACCUGCAUAACUGACAUAUUCUUUUGUUCAUGUUCUUCUGCCUUUUACUAGUUUUAAGCAGCUUUAUCAACUCUUGUGCCUGUUCAGUGUUUCUUUUUUUCUUUUCCUUUAUUUAAAAAAAAAAAAAACAACACAAAAAAAAACCCAACACACACACACACAAAAUGAUUCUAUCUAUCAUGGUUGGCACUGCUGUAGAGUUAAGACGAGCAAACGGGUCCAGCAUCAGUGCUGCUGGUUCAGCAAUACGGGGCACACAAGCCAGCGGAGACGGUUUUUAUGGGACAAGUGAGCACUUCACAACCACUAGCUGUACUCGGAUCAGUGAAAGAGCGACUCGCCGUCCUGCCUCACAGGCUGUUGUCACAAGUGAAGGCCGAGACGAAAGGGGGACACCUGGAGAUGCGUCUGUCACUCUCUUUAACUUCUUUAGUGGGAUAGGAGAAGGAACGACUUGCAAGAUAACACGACAAUAGCCAGCACCACGCCACACAAAUCAGCACAACACAUGGAACAAGUCACACCGCUACCGACUAUGGCAUCUCUCUGUACUGUCUGUAUUCUGAGGUUGUUAGGUGGUCCGUUUUGUAGGUCAGGCGGUAUCCGAAUAGGUGCACCAGAUGUGAAUUUGUGUUGACUAUUGGCUGGUAUAUCUGUAGUGAUAGAUCAAGUGUUAGGAUUGAGCUUUUAUAGUCUAGACGGGAUUAUCUCCAUGACCAUGAGGUUGGCCUGUGUCUGUUUGAGGACAGCAGUUUAAAGCUAGAGGGCGCUGUUGCAUAGGCUUAGAGUUCUAUGAAAUAUAUCCACAAUGGUCAUUUCUUUAUGGUUCAGACAGUAAAAGCGUUUUGUACGGAGAAGGGUUCUAAGAAAGACUGAGUAUCUUGUAUGAGGGGGAAAGUGUGUUUUUAUUUUCAUGUAGAGAACAUUUUAUUAAAGACAACUUAAUGAUGUGUCCAUUUGCCGUGUGAUUGUGCUACUCUUGUUGCAUUUAAAAAAAAAAAUUGUAAUUAAAAAAAUGAAAAAUUUAAUCAUAUUGAAUUUUUGGGGACAAUUUAGGCCAGAGGCUGUGGUUUGACAAAAUAAGCUGAUGAAGUCUUUGAUAUGUGUUGGACUAUUAAGCCUUAUAUAUAUUUUUUUCCUUCUUUUGGAAUUAUUAUUUUUCUUUUUAAAUCACUGGGGGUUUUCAGUACAUGCACCAGUGCUCUUUAACUGAUUUCAGAGGAAACACAACACAUGUUGAUGUUGGCCACAUGCUACCAGUGCUUGCUGUAGGUUUGGAUGUGUGGUGACACUGGGCAAGCAGCCCCCGGCAACCAUUCUGAGAAUGACCUUGAUUCUGAACUGCCAUUGUUUCUGUGUACUCCUGUGCAGGAAACACUUCCCCUCAAAUAUGGCUCUACUGUGAUGUCCACUUCACUAUUCAGUAUACGAGAUUGACCCUGCACCUUUGGGCAGCUCCGACAUUCCAUUCUGAAGUCCCCACUGGGUGUUCCAGCUGAGAAAACCGCCAGCUUUUGUUUUUACAGCAGCAUAGCACACAUUUGAAAUGUGCCCCCACCUGAGUUUGGCUUGCCAGGAGAGAAUGACCUCCUAACUUCUGCAUGAUAAUAUGGCCUUCAGAAUACUCUGUUUAGGGUGGAGGAGAUGUUAAGUUUUCUGUGAGGGGGGGGGGUUUAAAUCCCUGAGGAAGGGUUGGUUAGCGGAGUGUAGAUGUCUCCUGUUAUGGGCUUGUGUUCUGAAUUUUUGUGUUUGUCUUUCUGUAGACAUUUGGAAACGCUGGAAUCAGCUAUGCCUUUAAUAAAGUAAACCAUGUCCUCA